AUGGAGAUCAAGAAUGCUAAGUUUCUCACCUGCAUUGAUACCACUGUGCUUUAUCGCUCGUGUAUUCCCUUGCAGAACCUGAAGACUGACCCUGUAUUCAAAGCAUUGGAUAAGAUAUUCCGCCGCUACAACAAGGCAGGCUUUCAAGUCAAGGUCAUCAAGUGCGAUAGGGCGUUCAUUCCUCUCACAGAUGAUAUGCUAGACGAUAUGGGUGUUACUAUUGACCCAACUGCAGCUGGAGACCACGAGCCUACCGCUGAGCGAAACAAUAGGACGCUGAAAGAAAGAGUCAGAGUAGCUCUUGCACGAUUACCCUACAAAGUGGUCCCAAAAGUGAUCACUGAAUGUCUUGGACGUCGAGCCGCCGAGCUAUUGAAUGUCUUUCCCCAGAAAGACAGUAUCUCAUCACAUUUCAGUCUGCAGCAACUCAUUGAUAAUGUCAAUAUCAACUACAAGAGUGACAUGGUUGCUGAACUUGGACAAUAUGUUCAUGCAAUUAAGACGGAUUCCAGCAAUUCGAUGAAAUCCCAAAGUAUCGAAGCAAUUUACAUUGAACCUACAAAGGGACAAUGUACUGGGCACCGAGUGCUCAACCUCAAUACUAAGAAGAUGAUUUCCCGACCCAAGGUCGUUGUACUACCCGUUACCAAUCAAGUAAUCCAGCGUGUUGAAGCUUGGGCUGCUGCCAAAGGUGUUACUUCCAUGAAGUUUUUUGAUAAGAAGAGAGAUUUGGAGACAUUUCAAGAUGGCGAUCAAAUCACAGGAGUGGAUGAUACGGAACAAGGUUACUUAGAAGAAGCCUUUGAUCAGGACUAUGAACGUGAUUUCAAUCUAUGUGGACAAUUCGAUGAUAUCAAUGACUCCAAAAGAGAAGAGCUCUUGGCCGAUGCAGACAAUGAUGUCGAUGAUAUGCCAGAACUCACUGUCAGAUUCCAAGGAGAUGAUGACUAUGAAUCAGACGACGAUUCGGGUGAUGAUCUAUGUGGACAAUUCGAUGAUAUUAAUGACUCCGAAAGAGAAGAGCUCUUGGAAGAUGCAGACAAUGAUGUCGAUGAUAUGCCAGAACUCACUGUCAGAUUCCGUGGAGAUGACGACUAUGAAUCAGACGACGAUUGGGGUGAUGAAGGCAAUGAAGAGGAAGAACCUAUUGUGGCCAAUUUCGAUCACCAUCAAGAAAAUGUCGAUAGAGGAACCGAUGAUAUUGGGAGCCUCGUUACUGAUCUGGAGGACCUACAAGAACCGCCAGAAGAAGAGAUUGUAUUUGAGCCUGAAGAGCCUCAAGUAGCAAAAGUCACUCGAUCUGGGCAAACGUAUGCACAAGCUGCAAUGUCUGGGCUGUACCUUUCUCAAGUUCCAAAGAAACCAAGAGAAUGGCCUUCGAGCAGGAGUGGCAGUUCUGACAAUAAGAACAAGAAUUGA